GUCAGAGCGGAUGGAAUGAUUUUUGCAUUCUAAAAAAAAACUUAUUUUGGGCGUAUAAUUUUUUUCAAAUUUGCAUUUUAUCCAUUGCAACCAUUUACGUAGGCGCUGAGGUGAUUUGUGUGUUCCAAUAUAAUAAUACUAAUAAUAAUUAAACCUAAUAAAAGUUUCGCGGUGCAAUAAAUUUUAAUGACAGAGUGCCGACUGUGUGAUGUAAACAGUGUAAUCUUGAAUACAUAUUAAUUGUUUUAUGAUAAUUAACCGAAAGAAAGGAUGUGCCUGAUGGUCCAAGUAAACUAAAUCUAAAGUAUCUAAUAAGCUGGUGGGCGAUUACUAUCUAAUGCUACACUUCAAAGUUUUAAUUUAGUGAAUUAAAAAUUAACGCUAAUAUAAAGUUCUGUCAAAAUGGCAGAAAACCAAACGCGAAACGGUGGUUGUGUACCCCGAAGAAAAAAUAAUAUCCCUUCUGCAGAAAUACCAGAAAUUAUUGUAAAUGCUCCAAGCGUUUCUACGUUAAAUGGGCUCAGCGAAAGUUCUGGACCUGGUGAAAAUAAAAGAAAGGAUCAUUCAGGUUCAGGUGAUACAUCGAACGAUUUAAACGAAAUAACAGUUGAUAGUAAAGAAAAUGGUCCGAAAGACGCGGAUGAUAUUAAACCUUUAUCGGAAAUCAGUCAUCCUAGAAGAUUACCUAGGAAAAACAGUAUUUCUUUACCUAAUCUUGACGAUAUGGAAUUCUUAAAAAAACAAGUGGAAAUUACAUCCCCUGAGGUAUCAAUGAAUAGCAGUGAAUUCGGAAAUAUCGACGCAAGUGAUGACGAAACGACACCUAUUAAUAAAGGCGUUCCCAUAAGAAACUACAGACGAAAGUCUGUGACAGUUCCUCCAGCAAAAAUGCUUAAACCGCCAGUUGACGAUGAUGACUCAAGAAGCACUUCACCAGCUAACUCGGUGGCUUCUGUCAAUUCGUUAGCUAGUCUUCUUAAAGAAAAGAUGCAAAUGUUUCCAUCUUCGGCAAAGAAAAGGAAGCCCAAGGAUUAUAAAAUUCGCGCAUUCGUGGGAUUUCUCUUUCUGACAAUAGUAGCGCUUGUAGGACUGGCGUACAUUCUCUAUCAGCAACAAGUUCUUCGUAGAGCGUACUUCGAAAAGAUUAAGUUCAGCCAAAACGAUCGCGUAAUAAAUAUUUAUAACAAUGAAGGUAUCGAGGUGUUGAGGGGUCGUCUCGGAACCACCCUUAAUUAUAACAAAGCCUUCCCCUGUCUCCGUACCGACGAGAAAGCCGACGGAAGUAUUUGCUUGGAAUGGAUGAACCACGCCAGGCUUUACAUGAACACUUUCAGGCUUUUUCCGGACACCGAAUGCUAUAAUUUCCAAUGGGUUUCGUUGGCAGAAGAAAUAGCUCCAACGGACUGUUUUGACCUUUCUCCAAGAACGGGUCACUGGUAUGGCGGAGGUCAGAUGGCUGAACAUGCAUGGCCCUUAGAGAAAGGUCUUCAUAAUUUUGCGCCCUUUGUCACUGGAGUCACUGACAAGUACGAAUGGGGAAAUGUUCUGAAGAGAUUCUUCAUCAAUUCAAAAGGAGCGGCCGUUAUUGUCGAUAGUUCGGUUCCAUUGUACACAGCAAUCAAUAUCGGCCCUAAAUCAAAAGAACUCUGCUUUAAAGCAAAAUAUGACGAUUUUGCAUACGUGAACAGGAUAACGCCAUUUCCAUUUUUGAACUACAGUGUUUGUACGGGACCGAAUAUGACCCGAUUGCAUUCCCUACUGGCCGAGAAAUCACUUUGGGAUGGUCUAAAGCAGGACGACAUGAACAUCAUUCAUUCGUUGGUUACAGAACCGCUUUGGGAAAUAACAACCGAUAAUAAAGAGAAAUUUACCGAAGAAGCAGUCUUGAACUACACAGAGGACGUAAUAGGGUUAGGGUUUUUGAAACAGGGACACGUUCUUUUGAACGGCGAUUGGCAGAAGCAACCGGGCGAUUUUGAAGUCGAUACAGAACGAUUUCCUACACUUGAAGAAACGAUCAACAUUAUGCACCGACGAGGAUUCAGGAUAGUGUUUUCGAUUCAUUCGUUUAUUUCGACGGAAAGUGCCAGUUUUCCGGAAGCCGUGAGGAGACAACUUCUUAUAUCGGAGAGGUUCACCGAUAAACGUAUACCAGCAUUAACCAGAUACAGAUCCAUACAAACAGCUGGUGUUUUGGACGUAACCAAUGACAGAACAGUUCCGUGGCUCCUAAGGAAAUUAAAAGCUGUUCGAAAUAAAUACAAAUUUGACGCUUUCUAUUUGGACUUGGGCGUCGCUUACGACAUGCCUCACUAUUACCAAUGCGAAAAUCCACUGACAAACCCAGACCAAUACAAAACGUUUUUCAUAAACAAUCUUCAAGGAAAUGUGCCUAUUUUUGGUGUUAGUGGAGCGGUCCAAAGACCUCAGGCUCCAGCGUUUGUUUCACUUCCUGAAUUUGAGUCUUCCUGGGAUGGUCUAAGGAAGGUGAUUCCAACGGUGUUGACCUACGGGAUUACCGGGUAUCCCUUCUUAAUCCCAGGUGCUGUAGGGGGUGACUAUGAAAUUUCCGAAUACAACUCGCAGGUUGAUAUAAAUUCAACAGCUGAUGUUUUGCUACCAGACAAAGAACUUUAUAUGAGAUGGCUGCAGUUGGCCACAUUUUUGCCGGUGAUAAGGUACAGACAUUUACCCAGCAAAUAUGGAGACGGAAAAGUAUUAGAACUGGCCAAAGUUUUGACGUCCCUACGGCAAAAAGUGGUAACUCCUCUUUUAAAAAAAUAUGCAAGUGAAGCUUUAGAUUCUGGACUUCCCAUGAUAAGACCAUUGUGGAUGUUGGGUCCAAACGAUCCCGCUUGCCACAUUGUUACAGAUGAAUUUUCUGUGGGAGAAGAACUCAUUGUAGCUCCAGUUUUGUACUCAGGAUCGAGACAGAGGGAAGUGUAUCUUCCGGCAGGUGUUUGGAAAGAUGGCAUUGAUGGUAGUUUACGAAAAGGAAACCGUUGGAUACACGAUUACGUUGUGGAGGAACAGCAAAUAGCUUAUUUUGAAAGAAUGCCCGAUAACACUCGAUUUUGAACAUGAGAAUUGUUGUAGGAAACAGGGAGAAGGUCGUCAAUAGAUUUAAAGGUAAUAGUAAGGUAUUUGCUUAUCUUCUCGUUUAUAUUAUAUUUAGUUAUAUGUAUUUUUAAGUUCAUUUGUUUUUCCUCAGACAGUUCAACGUUUUUUCUUAACAGUUUCUUUUGGCUGUGUAACUGUCUGAAAUUUGCAUUUUUAAUUUUUUACUUUUUUCAGUUAUUCAAUUUUUUUAUUUUAAUAUUAAGCCUAAGCAGUAUAAAUCAUAAACUUAUUUAAACAUGUAUGUAAGUUGAAGUAAUUGUUACUUUCUGCUUAGUUGUAUAAGCAUGAAAUAAUGUAAUUGUGAUAUUUGCUUUAGAAACCUAUCCAUUAACUGAAUAAAAAAAUAUUAAUUUUCCUUUGUAUUAAAUGCUAAUUGUAG